CGUGCAGGUCCAGGCGGUCCCUCGCGCCGAGCAGCUCCGCCCCGCAGUCGAGGACAGACAGCGAAGAGACGGACACUUGUGCUGAGAGAGAGACAGCGCGCGGUGGACGCAGGACAGCUCGUCUUUUGGAAGGAAAGACAGAAAAUGACAUUUCACGCUUGUGGGAGCGACUGUCUGUAAGGAGCAGCAAGUUGUAAACGCAGAAGCGACAAUUAAAGCGCCACAGCGUUAACUUUGCGCGUGAUGCGGCGUGCGUGGGUUCGGCAUCGCGUCUGUGAGCGCGCCACGAGCCCGCAGCCGAGAUAACUUUCACACGGCAAUUCGACACGGAAGUGCAGGCUACUUUUUCCUCUCAUUGACUGGUGAUAAAGAAGACCGACUCGCUUCAUGUGGCUUCGGAGAGAGGAGACGCACGGACCGCGCGCAUGUGUGGAGUACCAGCAGGAUUUUAGAGCGCGCACGUUCGCCUGAAUGGAUGCUAACUAUCUGGCCACUUUUUACGAGUCUGAGAAAAGUUUUUGAAAGCCACUGGAAGGCAGAAUGGAUGUGAAAAGCAAGCGGUAUGGUAGUUUGACAUGCAGCGCUCCUCUUUCUCCGACCGUCAUGGAAACAUCUCAAGCUGUGGAGGUCGAGAUGCUGGAUGGAUCUUCCGUGAGAAGUUCAUUCGCUGAGCUUUGAAUUUACUUUUCAUUUCUUCGCAGAAGAAUGUGAUGCAUGUGAACAAGACUCACCCACACAUGAUCGUUCUUCUUAAACGCGUCUGUUAUUAACUGAGCUUGUAUUUUCUGCCUGUUUGCGUUGACAUUAUGGACAAGAACUCUAUUGCGUAUCAGAUGGAGUUGACACUUUUCAUGGUCGUCCUCCUGUUUUGGGUCACCGUGUGUGCGGAUGACAGUAAGAUCAUUUCAGACCGGUAUGCUGUGUACUGGAACAGCACGAAUCCCAGAUUCUUGCAUGGUGAAUACACAGUGGAGGUGGCCAUCAACGACUACCUGGACAUCUACUGUCCACACUAUGAGGACCAUCUUCCACAGGAACGCAUGGAACGCUACAUCCUUUUCAUGGUCAACUAUGAUGGCUACACCACCUGCAACCACCACAUGAAAGGCUUCAAGCGCUGGGAAUGCAACCGCCCAAUGAGUCCGAAUGGGCCCCUCAAGUUCUCAGAGAAGUUCCAGCUGUUCACACCCUUCUCUCUGGGCUUCGAGUUCCGCCCAGGCCAUGAAUACUACUACAUCUCCUCACCACACCCCAACCUCGGUGGGAAGCCGUGUUUGAAGCUGAAGGUGUACGUCAAGCCUACGAAUGACUCUCUGUACGAGUCUCCAGAGCCGUUCCUGACAGAUGACUCCAGCGGUGGUUGGGCAUUAACGCCCAGUCUGUGGCUCAUGCUUCCACUGCUUCUGCUCCUGUGCCCCUCAUAGCAUUAUAACCCUCUGAGUCUGACCACACCCACCCAACCUGCCCCGCCCCAUCAUGCAUCUCAAUGACACUUCCCGCCCUUUCAGUUCUGGAGUCCAGCCAACAGACAUUGAUAUGGAUUUUUACCCAGCCUGCAGCCCUGCAGGACAUCUGCUAACCAACCCUAAUUUGCAUUGACAAUUAUGCUCCACCCAAAUGCCCAAAUUUGGGCAUUCCUGCAUAGGCGCUCUUGCUCGACUGACAAAAGACAUGGCCAGCUUUUUUGAGAGCUCUCUACUUUUCUGCCAACAUCCCACCAUCAUCCGCGUGUCAGGAGACAGAUUCAACCGACUGCCAUCUGAAUGGCUCUGUUUGUCUGCGUUAACCACCUACCUGAGCCUUCACUGUCAUCUGAGCUCAAUUUUCACUUUGUGAGAGCGUGUGAGUGUCUAUGCUCGUGUUUGCGUGUUUGUUUGUGCUCGUGGGAGUGUGUAUGCCGAUGUUCGCAUUUGAACAGAUGUACAGAGCAGUCACAGUCCCUUAUAAAAUUACUAGAAAAAACUUGUUCCAUUACUCACUGAGAGAAGAAGACAGUUCUGUCUGUGAAUCUGCCAAAGACACUACUUAAACUUUUUUAAUAAGGGGAGUGGGAACAAUACUGGCUUUGGUAAGAGAUUACAUGCAACCAUGGAACAUUUCAGGCUUUUUAGUCAUGAGAGGGGAGUGACGACAGUGUAGAUUUUUCUAUUAUGAUCUUUUUUUGUCAUACAAAAAAAGAAGAAUGUUGCUUAGAUUAAAAAAAAGGCCUUUUUUCACUGGUGCUCAAUCUGAAAUGAGUUUGUCUGUCUUGAACUGCAAAAAAAAAGAAUUUUCUUAGUUGGUAUUUUUGACUUGUUUUCAAAAAUAUUGUAUAACAAGUUACAUUUACAUUUAAAAACUGUAUAAGAUUGUAUGAGUUUUAUUAUUUCAAAUAAUUGUCUUAUAUAUGGAUGCACCGAAAUGAAAAUUCUGGGCCAAAACCGAAAAUCGAAAUUCUGGAUGCUCUUGGCCGAAGUGCUUUUUAAUAAUAAUUUUUUAAUUUUAUUUUAAUAUCAAAUAAUUUUGUAAGACUUUUUAAUUUAACUCAGUAAUUUUAAUGAUACUGAAUUUAAAAAAUACAGGCCAAUUAAAUAACCACACUUUUAUUGAAGUAACACAAAAUUGGACAGAAAAUAUAUUAAUAUUAAAUAUCAAUAUAUUCUUUUUAUUCAGUUCUAUGCAACAUAAUCAGAUUUAAUUGAUGUUUUAUUAUUAUAAUUAUCCAAAUAAUGUAUAGUCCUACAAAGCUAUUAUUAUCAGAGCAUGUGAGCAGAGCAUAGCGGCGUUUUACCAGCGUUGCCCAGUACAGCUGUACUACACCAUGCCACAGUAGCACUGUUGCAAAUAGGAACAAGCAUACUACAUAGAAAUUUACUGUUGGUGCGUUAUUUGAGAUGACUUUGUUUUUCCGGUGAGCAUGAGCGGUGCAUGAUUGCAAAGUGCUUUGAGUGUACAGCAAUAUACAAUAAAGCACUAUAUAAGUCCCUCAUUCAUUCAUACAUACAUGAGUAGAGCGUUUGCAUGGGCCAUGAGCAACUCAACUCAUAGAACGGAAUACUGAGUGGAGCGUCACACUGCGCACCAAACACGCCAUAUAUUUUCAGUCAUUUUUUAAUUUUGGGAUACUUUUCGGCGGCUGAAAUAUCGGUGCAUCCAUAGUCUUACAUUGAGUGACAUUUUAUUUACCCUGUUGGAAAAUUAUGGAGCCCCUAAAGUGACAUUGGCAAAAAAAAAAAAAAGAUGGGAAAUUUUUUGCAUGUGCACAAGAACCUUUUCUGUUUAAAAAAUUAAACAUUUUCUUGUUUGCUCACACAACAGUUUUUCACAUUCACACAUCAAGAGAACAGAAAAUGCUCUUGUUUUUGUGCGUAAGUGUUCCACAUGUAGCCUACAGAAGUAUGUAAAAGUGUUUUUGUACAUAGAAAAAACUUACUAAAAACAACUUUAAUCUGCAUAUGGAUGUUGUUCAUGCAAAAAUUUAUUGCGCAUGUGAAUAUUUUGUGAGGAAAAAAAUAGUUAUAUUCCAUUGUGAAUUAGAUUCAUUAUGUCUAUGAGAAAGUUCCUUUUGCACAUGUAUCACUGAAGAAAAUAUUGUAGGAUUUACUUUGAAACGAAUUUCACUUUGAAACUGCUAGCAAAUUUCACAAAGUUACAUAGAAAUGACAAGCAAUGCAUUAAAUUCAAUGUGAGAUUUUGAAGCAGAAAGACUGAAAUAGCACGGUCUUGUAAAACACACUCCAAUACUUUAGGGGCUCCAUAGCAAAUAAUUCUCUCUCUCUCUCUCUCUCUCUCUCUUUUAUUUAUUUUUUUUGGGGGGGGGGUUAUUUGAUGAUGAUGAUAAUAAUAAUAAUAAUAAUAAUAAUAAUAAUAAUUGAAGAAAUAUUGAAAAAAAAAAUAAGAUUUUAUUAUUUCUAAUAAUAAUCUUACAUUUAGUGACAUUUUAUUUGCCCUACUAGAAAAUGAUGGUCUUAAUAUCUUACGCAAACUUACACAAGACAAAAAUACAGAUUAAGAAAAUGUAUUUCUGCAGUGUAUACAGUGCCAAGUGGAAGAGGGAUGUCUGUGUCGAAGAAGUGUUUGUUGUCAGGUCAGCUUUCUAACUUUCGUCCCAGCCUGUGUCGCUCUCUUGUUCUCUUUGUAUCUGCCUCUCUCUCUCUCUCUCGCUCUCUUGCUGUCAUUUUUGAAUGUGGUCUGUUCUAUGUGCUGCCCCGCCACGCAUAGAUCUCCCACACUUGCAACUUGCUCCCUUUAUCUGUGCUGAGGAGGACUGCUGGACGAGAGGCCUCUGGACGCUGAGUGCCCGGUCACUGUGACAUCGCUGUGACAUCACAGGCUUUGGCAUAAAGACUGACGGACCGAGGCCUUGUACUGCAAAGAAACGCUACAUGAGAGACUCCAUAUGAGGGAUUCAAAAUCCACAGAGCACUUCUGCUUUUGAAAUAGUUUCAUGAAAAAAAUUAAAAUAAAUGAACAGAAAGGAGAAACUAUAAAGAUGUGGGAAUAUUUGUGCGUCGGAAUUGUUUUGUGACUGUAAAAAUAUGUCAUGAAGAUUUCAAGGCAAAUCGGCAUGGAUCCUCUAAGAGAAAGAACAACGUUUUUUAAAUGUUUGUUGGAACUUUUAUAUUUGACUUAUUCCCGUGUUAUUUUUAACUUUUCAAAAGAGCAGCAGAAAUUAUUCAUAUGUGAUAUGAAAUUAUAAUGUAGACCCUUGAAUUAUUAGAGCAAGGAUGGUACCAGUUCUGCAGUUACAUGAGUCUAGACAAGUCAGAUGUUGCUGUUGUUGUUGUUGUUGUUUCCUGCUUGUAUCACGAUGCAUUCUGGUACAUGUAGUCCUGAUAUGUUUAUUUUUUUCUCCAAGUGUUACUAUGAGAAUAUUUUUAUUUGUUAAUCAUGUGGAUACAACAUAUUUUGAGUUCCUAUAAAAUGUUCAAAUGCUCUGGCAAAGGACAACUACAAGAAAAAGGGAAAAAACUGAAAUAAAGCUUUUUGUUUAAAAUA